AUGACCCUCAUUGCUCAGUACUGGAGAUUUGUUUCAGCAGCAACUUCACCCAAAGUCUUGAGGAAACUGACUUUCUGGGUCGCACAGACAGAAUACCACUGUUCUGGAUUUCAAUUGGAAUUCCACCUGAUUCCAUCCUCACACAAUGCCCCAGUUUCCAAACAAGUAAAAAAAGGUGGUGCUGUUGUCUCUAACAAUGGAGUGCAACACUCAGAGCAAUCUACUCCAAAGGAUAUGAUUGGCAAACUGAAACUGCAGUUCACAGUCCAGCCUCUUGAAGGCUGGGAAGAACACAUGAUUGUCCUGAGAGAUAGAAGACACUCCUUGACACCUUGUCCUUCCAUCAUGAACACCUCAAUGCUCCCUUCCCCUUUCCUGCACCUGGAUGACCAAAUCUGUGAUGAGGACUCUGCAAUGGAGGAGGUGGAGGAGAAUCCUGACAACAAUGAAGAUGAGGAUGACCAGCCUUCCAGUAAUGAGAAUGAGGAUGAUCGGCCAUCCAGUAGUGAGAAUGAGGAUGACCUGCCAUCUGGUAGCAAGAAAGAGCAUGACUGGCUGCCCAGUAGUGAUGAUGACAACAAGGGUUCUGAUUACAAUGAGAAUGAGAAUGAUGAUGAGGAGAUGGAGAGCUUGAGCAACUCCUGUGAAGGUGGCCUGAUCUAUACUAGACUUCAGAAGAAGGGCAAAGGUAGGGCUAUAGAUGCUGAGGACAUUGAUGCUGCAAACCAUGGUGACCAUGACACCCAACUCCCAAACCUCAAGAAGCCAGGGAAUCUGUCCACAGCAGCAUUAGACAAAAUACGUGCUUUUGCGAAGGACAUCAAGACAACAGUGGAAGAACUUGGCUGA